CACCUGAACCUGACUGAGAUCAUCGACAGUUCAGUUGUGUCAUACGAGAGCAAGCUAUGUGGGCCAAGGGCCGUGGGUGUGGUGUUGGGCCAUAUGAGCCAGGACAAGUGUGUGUGCGUAGGAGUUAAAUACCAGCUGCUGUAACGAAACAACUAUCGAAUAAAUGAAUAUGUGGUGCUAAGCUCUCAUCCUCUAUCUCUGUUCAUCUCACCCCCCCUGCUUGCUCUUCCCAUCCAAUUCCAAUUCUGUAUUUCCUGUUGCGAUUCAAUCGCUCGUCGAUCGGGUCGUGACAAUUUGGUAUCAAGAGCCACGAAUCCUUCGGAAUUUUUUUUUCUCCGCCCGAUCUGCGCUCUAAAUUCUCUCGGCAUCGAUCCCUAAUCCCUCGCGAAAGGUGGAAUCCGCUUCGGUGGAGUUCCGCAGAAUCCCUAGCUUGGUCGGAUCUGCUCGGAGAGAGCCGCAACGGCGCCGGCGAAGAGUUCCGUGCAGAACCACCAGAUUCUCAUGGCGUUGGAAACGAGCGGGGAGCAAACGCACGCGAUGCUGGCACAGAUCAUGAAGCGCUUGGAUGAUGGCGCACUGCUGAGUAACCAGCGCCAUGACAAGCAAGCGGCGUUUAACGCGCAAGUAUCACUGGAAUUGCAGGCCUUCCGCAAGCAGAUGGACCUCACGCAGGCCGAUGUGGAUCAAGCUCGCCACGCGGCGUCUGCGGUCACGUCUCUGCCCGCGGCUCGCUCACAGGUGGGCGACCCUCGUGCAGCGGCAGCAGCGUUCGUGGCCUCCGGCAUGGGUGUUCCAGGAUUUCCUCGACUUGCCAACGAUGGUGAGCCUCUGAUACCGGCUGCACCUGAGAAGCAGUUCGCACCCCUGCCACUUGUUCGGCAGAAUCGCGCUGUGGCGCAAGGUGAAGAGCGUGAGUCGUUCGUCAAGCCGCCGAAGCACGACUUUCCCCGUUUUGAUGGUAUGCUCCCUAAUAUGUGGCUCGAUCGCUGUGAGGCAUAUUUCGACAUGUACCGAGUUCGUCCUCAGAAUUGGGUGACUACGGCGGCAAUGUAUGUUGAUGGACAUGCCGCGCUGUGGUUGCAAGCCUACCGCCAGCAGUAUCCUCAAGUCAGUUGGGCUCGUUUCUCUCAGGCCGUGGUCGAAGAAUUCGGACCAAAUGAAUUUGAGGAUCAGAUGCAUAAAUUGCUGCAGUUACGACAGACUGGUUCGGUCACAGAAUAUCGGGUGCAGUUUGAGGUGUAUAUGUACCACUUGUUGGCACUCGAUCCUUCCCUGAGCACAAAAUUUUUUGUGACACAGUUUGUCUUGGGUCUGAAAGAUGAGUUACGAGCUGCAGUCCGCAUCCAGGCACCAACUAGCAUUACUCGAGCCACAGUGUUUGCCCGAAUUCAGGAAGAGGAGUUAGAAGCAGUGCGACCAAGGCAUCGACCACCUCCAGCAGGUCGUCCGCCACCAGCUGCAGCUCCUGUUCCACCUCGCCCACGCCUUGCACCUGAUGAGUAUGCCCGAGAAAGGCAGCUUCGUGAUUUUCGGCGCGCAAACAAUCAAUGUUUCAAGUGUGGGGAACCUUAUACUAGAGGACAUCAGUGCAAACGUCAAGGAGCACAACUGUUAACAAUCCAAGUGGGAGAAUUUGGGGAACUCUUGGAUGAUGCAGCUGUUGAGGCCCUAGAAUUUCUUGAUGAACCAGUAGAUCCUCCAGCACCAGCUAUGUGUUGUAUGCUUUCAGCACAUGCCUUAUCUAGUUCUGACACUCCAGUGUCUGCUUUUCGUUUACCAGUGCGGGUUGGAAACAAAACGAUGCUGCUACUCUUGGACUCAGGUAAUUCUCAUAGCUUUAUAAACAAGAACUUUGCUGACAGUGCUGGACUGCAAACUGUACCAAUAGCGCCAGUGGCUGUUAAGGUAGCGAAUGGGCAAUACAUUGCCAGUGAUACAAUGGUCCCUGCCUUGGAGUGGAAAUGUCAGGGAGCUGUAUUCAAAACUGACUUGCGUGUGUUGGCAUUAGGGGCGUAUGAUGGAGUACUAGGAAAAGACUGGCUCGACUCCUUUAGUCCAAUGACAUGUCACUGGAAUGACAACAAAAUUACUUUUGACCAUGAGGGCAAAACAGUGGUCUUACAAGGCUUGUUACCAGUGCAGAUUUCCAGUGCAGAGCAAUUGGACUUUGAAACCUUGCAGCAGUUACAUGCAGAUAAUGAAAUUUGGUCCAUGGCAGUGCUUGAGAAUUGGACUGAGAUUGCUGCAGAUUCAGAAACUUUACCAAGUCAAAUUCAAGCUAUUUUGACAGAUUUCAAUGAUGUCUUUGCCGAGCCUGAAGGGUUGCCUCCCCACCGUCAGUAUGAUCAUGCAGUAACAUUGGAAGAAGGAGCUUCCCCACCCAAUGUUAAACCCUACCGUUAUUCACCAAUGCAAAAAGAUGAGAUCGAGAGACAAGUGCAGGAGAUGUUGCGCACUGGAGUUAUUACCCAUAGCAUGAGUCCAUAUGCAGCCCCAGUUCUUUUGGUUAAAAAGAAGGAUGGAAGUUGGCGGUUUUGCAUUGACUUCCGCAGACUGAACUUGAUCACUAUCAAGAAUAAAUUUCCACUGCCUAUCGUCGAUGAACUACUUGAUGAAUUGGCAGGGGCAACUUUCUUUUCCAAGUUGGAUUUACGCGCUGGAUAUCAUCAAAUCAGAAUGCGCGAGGAGGAUGAAGAAAAAACUGCAUUUAAAACGCAUCAUGGGCACUUUCACUUCCGUGUGAUGCCUUUUGGCUUAACCAACGCGCCAGCAACAUUUCAGUGUCUCAUGAAUCAGAUCUUUGGAGAGUACACUCGUAAGUUUGUCAUUGUCUUUCUUGAUGAUAUUCUCGUUUACAGUUCUUCAUUGUAAGAACAUGAACAACAUCUUCGACUGGUGUUUGAACUAUUGAGGAAGAACCAGUUGUAUGCCAAACUCUCCAAGUGCUCAUUUUCUCAGCGUCAAAUCGAGUAUUUGGGCCAUGUCAUCUCUGCAGCAGGGGUGGCCACUGACAGCUCAAAGACGCAAGCUAUGAAAGACUGGCCAGUACCUAUCAGUGCUACUGAGCUUAGGGGGUUUUUGGGCCUUACAGGGUACUAUCGGAAAUUCGUUGCAAGGUA